AUGACAGGUCAUCUACUGUUCCUUCGUCAUAGAGUCAAUCUUUCUUUUUAUAUCAUUGUUUUAUUUCUUGGUUUUCUUAUUGGUAUAAUUGCUACUCAAAUACAAGGUGGUUUUAGUGAAGAUCAUUUUCUUCGAGGUGAAUUUUAUUUAAGUAAAAUAAGCCCUCAUUUAAUAUAUUAUAUUUUUUUACCAUUAAUUAUCUUUGAUUCAUCAUUCAAUACUCAUGUUCAUAUUGUUAAACAACAAAUUAUCACAACUAUUUUAGUAGCAGGUCCAGGCGUUCUUAUUUCAACUGGAAUUAUUACAUUAUGUGUUGUUUAUUUAUUUCCAUAUGAUUAUCAAUGGUCAUGGCUUAUAGGUCUCUUAUUUGGUAGUAUAUUAAGUACAACAGAUCCCGUAACAAUCGUUACACUAUUACAAGAUUGUGGGGCUAGUCAAUCAUUAUCAUCAUUAAUUGAGUCUGAAUCAUUGCUAACUGAUGGAUUAGUAUUUAUGCUUUUUUCAGUUUUUAAUCGUAUUAUUGUUGGUAGUUCGCAUACCAUUGGAGAAAUCAUUUUUGACAUCGUUAGAUAUGGUCUCGGUGGUCCUUUAUUUGGAUUAAUCUGUGGUUCUAUUUGUGUAUUCGUAUUAAAUCGAAUUAAUAAUGAACUAAAAAUUGAAAUUACAAUAACAUUUGGUAUGACAUAUCUUGUUUUUUAUAUAGCAGAUGCGGAACUUGGUAUAUCAGCUGUUCUUUCUAUUAUAUCCAUGGGUUUAUACAUGGCUAAGCAUAAAUACUGCAUAAGUAGUAAUGUUCAGUUAUCAAUGGCUGGCGCAUGGGAAAUAAUCAUAUUUGUCGUAAACAUUCUAACAUUUACUGUUAGUGGUCUUAUUUUAGCACAUUCAUUUGUUGGUAGACAAACGAAUUUGACUAGUAGAGACAUUGGUAUAGCUUUAGUACUUUAUCUAUUAAUACAUGUAAGCAGAGUAUUAAUUGUGGGUGUAUUAUAUCCAGUAAUAACAUGGAGUGGAAUGCCUUUAAAUCGAAAAGAAUGUGUAAUAUUUGCAUGGAGUGGUUUACGCGGUCGAACUGCUUUAAUUCUUGUUCUUUUAGUCUAUUUAGAUCCAGAAAUUAAUUGUGCAACUCGUGAACGUUUUCUUUUUCACAUUUCAUUGAUUGUAAUAUUUACAUUGAUUAUUAAUGGAACUAGUAAUUAUUUAUGUGUAGGGACACCAGAGAGUCAAUCUGUACUAUUGCAAGCGCUAAAACAUAUGCGAAAUCAAACAUCAAGGCAAAUUAAUAAAAUGAAAGAAGAUAUUAAUUUUGCCAAUGUGGAUUGGAAAAUAUUAAAUAACUAUUUACCAGAGAAAUUACUUGAAGAAUUAGAUGAAGAACAUGAUACAAAUAUUCAUCAAAAAUUAUGUGCGAUUUCGAGACAAACACAUGAUGAUUUUGCAUCAGAAUCUAUCUCGACAUAUUCCGAUCAGUUGCAAGAUCAACAUUUUUCUGAUCAAAUAUCUACUAAUAGCAUACAUCAACUUGAUUUAGAAUCAUUGUCCAAUGAUCAACAUAUAUUUGAACCAUUUAUUCAACCAAUAAAUAGUUAUGAUUUAAAUUUUGAAUGUCAUCGAACGAAUAUGAGAAAUGAAAUGAUCAAAAGAUUUCUAACAGCUAUGUCAGUUGAUUAUGAAAAACAAUGGUAUUUAGGCAUGAUUCGAAGACGAACACUUAAAAUACUUAUUGAAACUGUUGAAGAAGCUAAAGCAAAACUAUCACUAAAACGACAUUGGGAACUUCUUACGAAACGUUUUUGUAUGCCUUUAUGGUUACAAUGUUUUAUCAAAUUUGAUAAACUUAAAUGUUUAAAUCGUGUAACAAAAAAAUUAUUAUUCAAUCAUUUAAUACUCACCAUUGAGUUAACCUUGGCAUUUCAUUCUGCUAAAUCACGUUUGGAAAACAUCCUCACGAAAUUUCCUGAAUUUGCAAAUAUUGAUAAUGAUGUUAUCAAUAAUGUUCUUAACGAAGCAAAAAUGUUAGAAGUACGUGCAACACUCGUAUUACAUGAUUUACAACAUUCGUAUAAAAAAUGUUGGACAAUUGAAAUGACAAAACGAUGUGCUCAAAUGUUAUUAAAAUAUGAAUCAGUAGCUAUUGUUCAAUUAUAUGAAACGGGCAUGCUUAAUGAAAAGGAAUAUGCACAUAUUCUUAAACUUAUUCAAAAGAAACUUUUUCAUUUAGAAUAUGGCUAUUUUAUGGGUAUUCCGAAAAUACAUUUGAAUCGAGAACAAGACAAUCCAUUCAAUAAUCUUUCACUAUUUGUUGAUUUAACUGAAGAUGAAAGAGCUCAUUUUAAAGAGUUAUUAGAAGCACGACAUAGAUGGUUUCAACCUGGUGAAGUUCUCUUACGACAAGGUCAUAUUACAUCAGAAGCUUAUUUAAUUAUACGCGGAAUUGUCGAAUGUUCUGAAGAUCUUUUGACAUGUUACAGAGCAGGUCAUAUUAUUGGUAUUGAUACAUUAUUUGAUAAAAGUUCAUCAACAUCCAAUCGAACUUAUCGAGCUGAGAGUAGUAUUGUUGAAGCUUAUUCAAUCGAUGAGUCAAUACUUAAUAUGUUUUUAUCAAAUGUAAAAAUGACUCGAUUAAUUUAUAAUGAAAUAGCACUACAUAUGCUUAUCAACAUGUAUCAACAACCAAUACAUUUAUUAAAUUAUGCACAAAUAAAAGUACUCUUAGAUGAACAUGCUAAAUUUUAUAAAAAUGAAAUCGAUCAUGAUAUAAUGACUAUUCAACUCAAACGAAACGAACGACUUUUUCUUCUAAUAGGUUCAGUACAAAGAGAAGAUGAUGAUUACUUUUUGGAUGGUCCUCAAUUGGUAACUGUCAAUCAAUCUACAUGUUUCUAUUGUAGUUUAGAUAAGUUAUGUAUUGCCUAUACAUGGACAAUGAAGAACGAACAAGAUUGUUUACAAAUAGUACGAUCAUUUACGACUAGUUUUCGAUUGUUUAAUUCCAGUCAAGUCAAAGCAAAUACAACAAUGGUUUAUCCAUCGUAUUCAGGUUAUACAACAGAAUUUACUCCACAAUAUCAUUCUUUAAUACAAGUUGCACGAUCGACUGCUCAUACGAGCAAUAUUGAAUUGAUUCCUAUGGAAAUAACGGAUCUUUAUCAUGAACAAGUGUAA